AUGGCGACCGGCGACGCGCGGAAUCGACUCUUAGAGUUGGUCCAACUACCUAUGCAGGCCGGAAAUGAUGCCAAUAGACUGCGACCGAUCAUGUUGCUCCUCCCGAUCGCAGGCUUAGCGCGUCUCUUCCACUGGAGUGCAGCAAUUGUCCUGGUCGUCAACCUGGUUGCAAUUAUAUUCCUUUCGGAUGUCAUUUCAUCCGCGUCUGAUGAACUUGCAGACUCUUUGGGCCAUUUGCAAGGUGCACUCAUAGGUGCGACACUUGGCAAUACCGUCGAGUUGACCUCCGGUGUCCUCGCCCUGUUGCAUGGGGACAUUGUUUUCGCUCAAUCUGUCAUGAUAUUCGGGUUCUGCAUUGUGACAGCGUCUUAUAAUAAGCAUGUUCUUGAGUUCAACGGUCAUCUAGCCAAGACCUUGUCGUCCUUGAUGAUGAUCACAGCCGUCACAAUGCUACUACCAACUGCACUCUACUCGACCUUUCCCGUUUCACAAAUUGAUAACAGUGUCCUGGCAUUUUCUCGCGGUACCUCAUUUGUUUUAUUCCUCCUCUAUGCAGGAUAUCUCUACUUCCAUAUGAAGACCCACAAACACCUUUUCUUAUCGGACGAAGAAGAAGAAGAAGAAGAACAAGAACCGACCCAGACAAAUGGACUGGGAGGUUCUGAAGGCACCAAAACACCAUCCGAGCAGCCUGACACGUCCGCGAUCUUUGCCCCAUCCAUGCGACUUGCCGCCGCAGUUGCCGCGACGAUUUUCUCCACAGAGUUGAUUUUCGAAGGGGUGGACGAUAUCGUGGAGACAUUGGGCUUUAGCCGCAUGUUCAUCGCAGUGAUUCUGAUACCGAUCGCAAGUAACAGCACGGAGGGCACGACGGUUAUAGCUUCGGCCCGAAGUGGUGACACUGAUUCCGCAAUUCGGGUAAUCGUGGACAGCCUUCUUCAGAUAGGUCUUUUCGUGAUACCUCUUCUUGUUAUGAUAGGCUGGUGCAUAGGAGAACCCAUGUCUCUUUAUUUUGAUCCUUUCCAGUCGGGUAUCAUGUUUUUGGCCGUACUGGUCGUCAAUCAUCUGCUUCGCGAUGGGCAAUAUGCUUACAUUCAUGGAGCAAUGUUGGUUGCACUGUGA